AAAAUAAAAAAAAAAUAUAUAUAAAUAAUAAAGAGAGAGAUGAGGGAAGAGCCACAGCACAGCAAAGGCUUCUUGUCAUCGGCCAUAUAAUCACAUUCCCUCCAACUCCUUUCCCCUUUGUUCCAUUAAAUUACUAAACACACAACACAACACAACACAACACAACACAAACCCAACCAACCAACCAACCAAAACCCAAAAACACACAAUGGGGAAGAAGAAGCAGAUGAAUAAGCUCACUUCUCUCUUCCGAGGCGGCGCCGGUGGUUUGCUCGGCGUUCCUCUCUGUUACAACAAUGCCAAAACCCUCUCCUUCCGUGUCGGAGACGACAUGAUCAAGACUGUCAACUCUGUCUUCUUCGACCACAACCACAACAUUGUCUCAGAAGCCGAAACCCCUGUUUCCUGGUUCACCAACUCUUCCGAGACUGCCAGCCACUCCACCGAGUCCGAUCACGACCUCGACGCUGAAUCCCUUGAGACGGUCGUCCGCGGCGUCCUCAGAUCGGAGCGUUUAUUCUUCGAUCCCGGCGUCACCAGCUCCAUUCUCGAAGAUACUGAUCCCAAAUCGGAAUCCCGGAAGGCGGUUGCGUUCGGUGAUGAUCGAGAUUGCGGCACACCUCCGAUGAUCGAGGAGAUCAGCGUCGCCGUUGCGAUGGAAUCUGAGGAUCCCUACGGUGAUUUCCGGCGAUCCAUGGAGGAGAUGGUGACGAGUUACGGCGAGUUGGCCAGAGACUGGGACAGCUUGGAAUCGAUGCUCGCCUGGUACUUGAGGAUGAACGGCAAGAACAGCCACGGCGUUAUCGUCAGCGCUUUCGUCGAUCUUCUCUCCGGGCUCUCUGAUUCCGGCGCCGGAACUUCCUCGGCUUCUAUAUCUGAUUCGGCUCGUUACUCAACCGCCGUCUCGUCUUUGCCGUCUUCGCCGUUGUAUUCUCAAGGUCAGACGACGGAGAUUGAAGAGGAAGAAGAGAGACGGAGCUCUGUUAUAUAAAUUAAUAUAAGAUUCGGUUUUUUAAUUUCCUAAU